AUGGAGGACUUAACAGAGAAGGUGGACCAGAUCUUGAGUGAGGUGGCAACACAAACUUUGCCGGCAGCCAAUGGGUCACGGUACAAUGACAGCAAGUCGCUCCUGGCCAAGCUGAGGGAUGGUCGAGAUCUGCAGGUGGAACUUACAGCAGAUAUGCUGUUGGGCAUCAGUGAGGAUGACAAAGACAAGUUGGCGGAGCAGCUCAGGACCCAAGGCCUUGAUGUGGAGGCAGUGGAAGUUCCCAGGCCACCGCAGGCCAGCCACACGUUGCAGUGGAGCGAUGCCAUUUCUCAGGCCUUUAGCAAGGCUUGGUUGUCACGGGUUGACGUCACGGACUUCUGCGAGAUGGUAUGUAAGUGCGGAGAGCGCUUGUUGAAGCUGCGACGCUACAAGUUGGCCUACCAGGAGGUCUUCUUCCGAUACUGCGAUCGGGCUGUGCAGCUUCGAGCAGAGAUUAGCAAGAACCAUCUUGGCGAGACACCGUCUAGGAAGAUUGCAGUGUUCUCGCGGUACGUCCUGGGCGCUUCAGCGGCGCUGUUUCUACAAACAGUUCACCGAGAUGACGCUGCAAGAAGGCCGGUAGUGGUUGACAUCCUUCGAGAUGUUUUGCGCGACAUCCUGCAGUCAGUCCAAGUUUUGUCUGGUCAGCCAGAGGCGGUCCGCGAGGAACUAUAUUGGUGCCUGUAUAAUAGUAGCCUGCUGACUAUGCGCAUUGCUAGAUGGCUGCGGCUUCAUGGCUUCGCCCAGUUGUGCGUUCAACCUCUUUGGCUGAUGGUGGAGUCCAUGCACACUUGCCUUCCUCUGAUGGCAGUGUACAUGGUUCCCUUCAGAUCUCGAGUCAUGCUGGAGCUGGCGUAUUGUGCCGAGUCUGCCAAGCAGCUUGGCGAGGCAUUGCGUCUCUGUGACGUGGCUCAAGAGCAUAUUGAGAAAGCCAAGAAGCUUGAAACCAUGCUGCCCCCAGUCCCGCCAGAGACGACCAAGCUUUUCGAGGCUGCGUGCAUGAAUCGGAAUUGGGCUCAUGUUUGUAGACAUCCAGGGCAGGAGGCAGAGGUCAUCAACGCUGAGGUGGAUCCACAGGUCAUUGAUGCCGGGCAUGGCGUGCAUAUUGGAAAAGACUCGCUGGCUGAAAGGAUAAGGUCAAUUUUCGACCGCUUUGACAAGGAUGGCGGCGGAACUCUCGACAGGCGCGUUCGAAUCGCGACCCUUGCGCACGACUUGCGGUUUUGCGAGUGGAUCUUGACGGACAUGGGUGAGGCCACCAAGGUCAUGCGAGCUCUGAUCAAGGCAACCAGUGAUGCCCUUGCCACAAGUGUGAGAGAAGUAUUCGCUCGGUUCGACCAGGAUGGUGAUGGGAAGCUUGAUCGGAGUGAGCUCUGGAGGGUUUUCAAGACUUUGGAUGGGCAACUUCGCAUAGGGGAAAUCAUUUCUCUGAGCACGCGGCCGAGCUUGUCCUGCCUGCAGUGA